AUGGCGUCACGUUGGACUUCUCGCCCGAUCUUGUGGCUUCCUAAGACGUUACUACGCGCUCCGGGACGGUGCGUCGACCCCCAACCGAAAGGCCUGCUACGUGCACCCAUCACAUUGUACCAACAUUACCCUUACAACCCGAAACCUCAGUUCCGCCUUUUCAGCACUUCUUUGCGCAAAUAUGACUCCAAUAUUGUGGUGCGAGUUCCACCAAUGGCAGAGUCCAUAACGGAGGGCACUUUGAGCCAAUUCAGCAAGAGCGUUGGGGACUUCAUUGAGAUGGACGAAGAACUUGCAACGAUCGAGACCGAUAAGAUUGAUGUAUCUGUGAAUGCCACACAGGCCGGUCUCAUCCAGCAGCUACUCGUCGCCGAGGGGGAUGUGGUUACCGUCGACCAAGUAAUCGCAGAGAUUCAGCCGGGCGAAAAGCAAGACGGGAAUCAACCAAGUGCGGAACCAAGCACCGCUAGUGUAGAUGCACAGCACGACUCUUCGCAAAAGACCCAGUCCUCCAUUCCAUCGACAACAACAGAACAGAGAUCCUCUGAUCCACCCAAACCCAAGGCCGAACAAGAGACAUCGAAAGAAGCUCCCAGCAUGAAGGGAAGCAGCGCACCUGCCAAAUCCACCGAGGAACCUGACACCUUCCAGGGAUACAUGCCUAGUCGUGCGGAAGAAAAGGCAAGUCAAUGCAACUCUCGUUGA